AUGCUAGAACCACAGGAGAAUGGCUUGAUUGACAUACCAGAUUAUGAGCAUAUUGAAGAUGAAACUUUUCCUCCGUUCCCGCCUCCAGCCUCUCCAGAGAGAGAAGAUGGUGAAGGCGCUGAACCUGAAGAAGAGUCAGGGAGAGGAGCAUCUGUUCCCGUACCUCCGAAGAGAACCGUUACAAGGAACAUACCCAAGCUGAAUGCUGAGAGAUUAAUUUCAGAGAGAGGGCUCCCAGCAUUAAGGCAUAUGUUUGAGAAGGCAAAAUUCAAAGGUAAAGGUCAUGAGGCUGAGGACUUGAAGACCCUAAUCAGACACAUGGAGCACUGGGCACAUAGACUAUUUCCUAAACUGAAAUUUGAAGAUUUUAUUGACAGAGUUGAAUAUCUGGGAAAUAAAAAGGAAGUUCAGACCUGUUUAAAACGAAUUCGACUUGAUCUCCCUAUUUUACAUGAAGAUUUUGUUAGCAAUAAUGAUGAAGUAGAGGAAAAUAAUGGCCAUGAUGUAACUGCUACCGAAUUAGAUCCCUUUCUGACAAACUCACAUGAAAGUGUAGAGUUUGCUUCUGAGUCAAGUAGAAGCCUAACAGAAGAAGAACGACAAAGAAUUGAGAGAAAUAAACAACUGGCCUUGGAAAGAAGACAGGCAAAGCUACUGAGUAACAGUCAACCCCUAGGAAAUGACUUGUUGGUGAACACGCCCAGCACACAGCCACCUGAAGAGGGUAGUACAGGUGAGGAGCAAAAGGAGGAAGAAUCAAAUGGAUUUAACAAAGACCUUCUAGAUAGUCCACGUAAUGAUGGUGCUGCCAGUACUGUAAAUGAAGAGGAGGAAUUAAAAGUCGAGAAAACGCAACUGGACCAAUCCUUUUAA